GUAGGCGACAGACUACUGUAUGCAGUAACUCCGUGUACUCGGUGGAUGUCGGAUAUGUUGUUGACAUGGCUGUUCAUCUGUUGGGGAGCUGUCACAUGCCGGGGAAUACAAACGGAUCAGAUAAGUGUCGGCGAUGCAACAAGCAACUGGUGGGACGCUCACAGCCGUUGCAGUCUCGAAGAAGGCAACAUGUACACGCCUGGGUCAGAUGACAUUCCACCAGACAUUCUGGGGCGUCUACAGCCUGACACAUAUUACUGGAUAGGCGCCAUGGCCUACAUGGCCUGGAGAUGGACAGAAGACGGCAGUCCACUGUACAAGUAUGCUGGCUUCCUUCCACUGCAGAUGUGACAUAUACAUGGGCAGUGGACUAUCUUGAUAACUCGGUAUGGAAAUGCCAUCUUUACUGCAGCUCAUACUCUUCAAUGGGCAUGCAGGGAAACACGUGUUACUGUCUACAUGAAGGGUAUGGAACUGGAAGUUCAAGCACAACUGAGAACAGGUGUCCAGGAAACUUUGACGAACUGUGUGGCAACGUCGAUGGAAUAUCCGUCUAUAAACUAGAAAAUAUUAGAUUUACACAACAACGAGGUGGUCGAUGUGCGUAUGUAGUGAGAACUUAUGCCCGUCUCACUACCUACACCAGCAGUUAUAGAGCUUGCGGCAUUCAACUUAGAAGAUAUGCCUACUACUUUGAUGACAUGAAUUCUGAUGACUGUGGUGGCUCUGGUUGCGUUUUACUGAGCUAUGACACGUAUACAUGGACGGGCGCCGACAAAAAAUUCAACUUGGUAAAACUUACAACUCCUGUUCAGAAUAAUCUUCAGAAGAUGCAGAAUAACUAUGGAUACUGGAUCGGUUUGUAUAAACCUGUACACAGGAAAUGGAUCAACGGACAAAGGGCUCCGAAAUUCAAUGGAUACAAGAAAUUUUCUGGUACAGAUCCAGAUACUCUGUGUCUUACUGUAUACAAACUGAGGGACGGAAGCACACGCUUAUACUGGAUAGCAUGUGGCUUAGGCCAAAGAUGGAUAUGCGAAAACGUUAAAGAAAGUAUAACUUCAACAAAAAUUACGCCAACGUCAUUAUCAAGUCAUCCAUCAUCAGCAUCCACUGUGUCCGAAGAUGUUUCAACUGUGCCGGGAAGCCACUCUAGCAACAGGUCAUCGCCAGCAGGUACUUCUGAUGCAAAGAAAACUCCAUACAAUCCUCAGACUGAUGCAGGUGGUUACAUAGGACUUGGUGUUGGGAGCGUGGUCCUUGUUGUUCUGGCAGUCCUUAUUGUCGUCUUCCUGCUGAGAAGGCAAGAGAAGCUCUGUUUUGAGAGAAGAGAUGGGAAUCAACCAAUACACUUCACUUCUGGCGCAGAAAACACCACCUAUGGAUUAGCCGUUCAGGCACAAACAGCAAAUGGAGCAUAUUCAGUCAUAACACCUCCUGACAUAGAUAGAACAUCCACGUCACCCACGGUUCGAACGGCGAUAGUCCGACCCAAUGCUCACAAUGACAACAUCUACAUCAACACCUCUCAGAUUAAUGAUGAGGAUGAGUACAAUGUGUUGUCAGAAUCCGACAACUCCAAGAAGGUUAUGCCACACGGGAAUCCCUACAAUCACCUCUCAGGGCCUGACAGAGGUAACAAGUCCACAGGAGACUACGACACUGCAAACUGUGUUCCACAGGCAGGAGAAGAGACCACUGGGCUGAAACACAUGGCCGCAGAUACACGACUCUCUGAUGUAGCGAGUGGUCAGAACUUAGAAGAGGGUCAGUACAAUGUGCUCGGUCAGCACGACUCUCCCAGAACAGCUGAUGCCGACGCGGGGGUGUACGACCACGUGGCAGCGGACGAGGGGGGUUGUGACACUGCACAGCAGGGUAAGAAUCCCAGCAAAGUGGAUGAUACUAACAGUCACAUUCAGAGGACAAACACAGAAUGUGAAGAGGAUGCUUAUGAUGUUGCAAGUAAACGGCAACCGGAAGGAUGUUCUGAUGACACCUACGACCACGCCACUAAGAUCGAUGAGGAAGACAGAGACACGGCCGACUACCACAACACAAAGCGUCUUCUUCGAGACGAUGGGAAUCUUGAUGGCCAUCCCGGAGGUGAUGAUCGGUCUGAUGAAAAUGAUCAAGAAAACGUUUACAGUCUUGCCAAGGGCAUUUCUGAUGCCUAAGUAUUGACAAAAUAAAGUUUUCAUGUUAUUUUAUAGCACUUGUACACAAUUUAUACGCUUUACAAAACACCAGUUAGCUCUUAUUGAUUGGUGUAAUCUAAUGGACAAUCUAUUAUGUGCACAUAUGAAUCUGAUUCUUUAAGAUUUAUUUGUUCCUGGUGUGUUAUGAUAUUUGAUGGCAGCUUAUGUCUUGAUAACUGAGAAUAAUGCAUGAUUUGUAAUAUCAUUGGACAUCGAUAAGUGUUAUAUGAUUUUCCUCCUUGCAGGAAUAGCUUUUUUUAAAUUUCAUUUUAUUCAAUAUACAGUAAACUACGGCUAUAACGAACUUAAAUUUUAGUUCGUAAUAACCGUAGUUUGUUUUAAGUCUGGACCAGACAAUCCAGUGACUGACAUUAUGAGCAUCGAUCAGCGUAAUUGGUAAACCAUGACAUGUUUCAUAUAUACUGAAGUUUAAAAGAAUAAUCAUUCUCGCAUAGCUCCAUCGGCGUCAUUGUUGUCGUGGCAUUGUUGGUGUUCCUUGACAUUAAUUGCGGAAUUGUUAUUGAUGUUGUUUUUCUGUACAAUGACACCAGACCUAAUGUUUUAAAGACCACUUCUCACAAUUGAUAGGACAAUGGUUAGAACAUUCUCCCUUCACGAAUUCGGCGAGGAUUCGAUUCCCUACACGGACGUUAGGUGUCCUUUAUCUCCUUCCUAACGUUUGUACAUACCUUGAUAUUCAAUAAAUAGUCAAUAUUG